AUUGUUUAAUGGUAAAACUAAUUAGCUUGCAUGAAUUUGCAAAUAUAUGUUGUCUCCAUAACCAUAAGGAUUGUGCUUGGUUUCAUGCUCCUAGCUUUGAUAUGGGAAUAUGACUUCCCACCUUUCAUGGUUCUGAUAAUAGCAAUACUGAAUGAUGGGACCAUCAUGACUAUUUCAAAGGACCGGAUAAAGCCAUCUCCAAUGCCUGACAGUUGUAAGCUCAAUGAAAUAUUUGCGACCGGCAUUGUCAUUGGCACAUAUCUUGCUUUGGUUACGUCUUAA